AUGAUGGUGUUCGAUCAUCAAAGGGCAAAGAGAAAAAAUGGGAAUGUAAAGCCACCCAGAAAAUCAAAGUAUAAUUCACGAUACGAUGGCCUUGCUGUUGGCGAGGUCACGAUCGAUUUUGACCACUUUGUGACUGCCUACGAAUAUGGACUUGACUUGUUUCCCGGUGCAUCCAAACUUCCAUGUUUGAGCCACAUCGCAACUGAAGAGUUGGAGCCAAUCAGGAGAGAUGUUAAAAAUAUGAUCUUGACUCGGGAACCUUCUCGACAUGCCUUUGACUGGAAAGCCAUCACAGACAAGAUCAUCAGUCAGUACUCGAGCGCGUUGCAGGACAUUGCAGGGGGUAAAUUCUCGACUAUGCAUAGGCUCCGGCUGAGUAUGGAGGAGCUCUUGGCUCCUUUUAUAGACUACGGCGACUAUUACAACAUUACGUCUACUGUGGAAAGAUGUCAAGAAGAUUUUAUUCCCAUCAGUGCUCCCAGCAACACGCUUGCCAGUAAGGCUGUUCGACAUGUAACAGGCCAGAUCUGUUCCACCCUGACAUCAACACUCUUGGACUUUGAUCUUCAGCUAGAAGAUGUGGUGAAUAACAUCGUGGGGCUUAUCAUGUAUCUUGAAUGGACGGCCUUGGCCCAUCGUCGGAAUUAG